GCCAGUCUUCGUCCGUCUACAUGACGUGAUCGUAGAGGCACUGCAUCGGGGUGAUUCUUCGGCAAUCUAACCUGCCGACCAUAUAAAUCACUUUGCUGAACCGAAAAAAAUGGCAAUAUUAAUUUAUGUAGGCACAGAUCUAGGACGGGUUAAUUACGAGCAUACAUACUUAUUAGCAUAGGCCGGCUAUUGGUCCUUUAUCUCGUUGCUUCUACUCCAUGCUCACUCUACGUACUUAAUUUUAGAUUAGUGUACGUAGGAGCUAUGGCGGGCGAACCAAGAGAAAAAGUUGAAGCCUCCGAUUCCGAUCCGGGCCCGGAAACUAAAGAGAUUACGACUAAGGUCACGGCGGAUCCCGGCCGCACUUCAAAAGAAAUAACAUCAGAAGGAGAUGAAUAUGGCUCAACCGACGACCAUAUAUUUUCAGAUCCGUCGGUAGCCGAAUACUGGCGCGCCAAGUACGAGAAGGCCAGCUAUGAGAACCGGCACCGCUUCGAUCCGGAGUACAAGUGGACGGCGGAGGAGGAGCGCCGGCUGGUGAGGAAGAUCGAUGCUAGGAUCAUGGUUUGGGCCUGGCUGAUGUUCUGCGCGCUGGAUAUGCAUAGGAGGAAUAUUAAUAGAGCUAUUUCGGAUAAUAUGCUGGCUGAAAUUGGCAUGAACACGAACGACUUCAACUAUGGACAGACUAUCUUUCUUGCAUGCUUCUUGGCUGCGGAAUUGCCUAGUGGACUAAUUAGCAAGAAGCUCGGCGCUGAUGUCUGGAUUCCUACGAUUAUGGUGGGCUGGUCUAUCGUUGCGCUGUCGCAGGCGUUCCUCAAGAACAGAGCCGGCUUCUACGCCAUUAAAGCCCUUCUAGGCUUGUUGAUGGGUGGGUUUAUUCCCGACAUAGUCCUCUGGCUCACAUACUUCUACAAGAGCAGAGAGCUACCCCUUCGCCUGGCCUGGUUUUGGACCGCUCUUAGUACAGUGAAUAUCGUCGGUUCCUUGCUGGCCGCUGGAAUUCUUCAGAUGCGUGGGAUUAAUGGAUGGAGCGGUUGGCAGUGGCUGUUCCUCAUCGAAGGGCUAAUAACACUGCUCAUUGGAAUCUUUUCUUGGGGUUUAAUGCCACCAGGACCUACUCAGACGCGGCAUUGGUUUCGGGGUAAGAACGGGUGGUUCAGCGAUCAUGAAGAGCACAUAUUAGUCAACCGACUCCUCCGUGACGAUCCAAGCAAGGGGGACAUGAACAACAGGCAAGCCGUAGGGCCCAGUCUACUCUUCAAGGCCGUCAAGGACUGGGAAAUGUGGCCGCUGUACAUCAUCGGCCUCACAACGUACAUCCCGCCCGCACCACCGUCCAACUACCUGUCAUAUAUCCUACGACAGAUUGGGUUCUCAGUAUUUGAGGCCAACCUCCUCGCGAUCCCGUCGCAGUUCUUAUUCGCCGUCAACCUCCUUAUCGUAACGUGGGUCUCGCGGCACUUCAACGAGCGGUCCAUUAUCUCGUCCAGUUCCAACAUCUGGAUAUUCCCGUGGAUCCUCGCGCUAGUCCUCCUACCGGAGAACGCCUCUCCAUGGGUCCGAUACGCCAUGCUGACGGGGCUUCUCAGCUACCCGUACUGCCACGCCAUCCUCGUGGGCUGGAACGCGAAGAACAGCAACGCGGUGCGAACACGCGCGGUUUCAGCAGCACUCUACAAUAUGUUUGUCCAAAGCGGCAACAUUAUCGCGAGCAACAUCUACCGCGAUGACGACCAGCCCUUGUACCGGCGUGGUAACCGGGUUUUACUAGGAAUUACGGUCUUCAAUAUCGGGAUAUUCUACGUCGUGAAGGCGUUUUACAUUUGGCGGAAUAAAUUGCGCGACAGGAAGUGGAAUUCGAUGACGCAGGAGGAGCAGGAGAAUUAUAUAUUGACAACGAAAGACGAGGGGAUGCAGAGGCUUGAUUUCCGCUUCGUUCACUAGGACUGUCUAGACGGUUUGUGUAUACAAAAAACGGGGUAUGUAUAAGUGGUAUGCGCGUAAGGUCGAUAAUCAUGAAAUAUUGUGUACUACUAAGCCUCUAACCUAGCACGGUAUGCUUACUGUAAAGUGUAUACAUAGUAGGGGGGAAAAGAACACAAAAGAGUCUGAGGCUAAAGCUAAAUUAGCACUUGGCGAUCCUGUAAAUCAAUAUAGGUCUGUGAG